UAGCAAUUGUGUCAACAUGAAAGUAGACGUCAAUUUUUAUAAACGGAAUAUUUUAAGUAGCCUAACGUUUGUAUGGCUAUUGACUAAUCAAAUCAACAGGAUAAAAGCAGAAUAUGGCAAAGUCGCAGGAGAUUGGCAGGUUAUAUAUGGUCAACAGGAGAUGUGUAUGCUAAGCAAUAGCUUACGGGAAGUCAGUUUGAGUAUUACAAAUGUUGACCUCACAGACAAUGUGGACUUUUACUUUAAAGUGAACAUUGAAAAUACAAAAUUGGCUAAAUGUGAUGCUCGCAUACAGAAAAGUGAAUUAGAACGAUUGGAAUCGAGUUCAAAUUUGGCUGCAUGGCAUGGGGUAGUGCAAGUACAAGGGUUUUAUUUCGGUUAUACGCAUUUAUAUGUUACCUUACAUCCAGUAGUUGGACUGGUGGAGUUUGCUACAAACAAAUUGAAUAUCACAUUGGUGCGAGAACACAAUAUUGAUAAUAAAAUUUUUACUUACUCCGCGGCUGCUGUUGUGCUUUUAAUGUUUGUUAAUUUGGGAACUGCACUGGACUUGCAACGCUUUAAGUCUAUAGUAUUUAAACCAAUUGGGCCUCUCGUUGGUAUUGCUACAAGAUAUAUUAUAAUGCCAGCACUUGGUCUGGGCUUGGGAUUUUUACUCUUUAAGCAGUAUGAAGAAUUGCAGUUGGCACUUUUCUUUACCGCCCUAUCGCCAAGUGGUGGCUUGGCCAACAUUUGCACUGUAUUCCUGAAAGGGAAUCUUAAUUUAUCAGUUGUAACUACAACUGUAAAUACGCUUUUAGCACUUGCUAUGUUUCCUUUCUGGAUUCUAUUAUUAGCCAGUGUGAUCCACAAUAACACAAAUAUGGCAGUACCAUUCAUGGAUUUGGCUGUUAGCUCAAUUGGACUUAUUUUGGCCUUAAUGUUGGGAGUUGUACUCCGAAUUUGUAUUCCAAAGACGACGAAAUUUGUAUUUAGAUUUUUGAAACCCGUAUCAGUUUUACUAAGUUUGUGCCUUGUUGGAUUGACGGUAGCUUUGAAUGCUUUCAUUUUCAAAGAACUUACGUUUAUGAUUUUUCUAGCUGGCACUCUAUUACCUCUAAUCGGUUAUGUAUUAUCUUAUGGUUUAUCGAAAGUAUUUUGCCGCUCUACGACAGAUUCCUUAACCAUUGGUAUUGAGACGAGUGUUUUGAAUAUGACAAUUCCUAUAUUACUCUUGCAACAUAGUUUGGAAGAACCCAAAUCUGAUAUGGCUAUUGUGGUGCCAAUAAUUACUGCUCUAAUAUCGAUAGGAUUAGCUCUAAUAUUCUAUAUUGUGCGUCGUAUUUUAGGAUGGAAUACUAAAUUGGAUGCAGAUGCAUUUGAUGAAAAUGAGCUUUUAAUUGUAGAUUAAAUAAAACAUUUUAUUUUUAUUUAAUUUAAAUGUGAUAUAUAGAAUAAGAUAUACGAACGAUAAUUAUAUAUAUACGAACGAUGAUUGAAUGUUAUAGACUUUUAAGACUUAUAUUAUAUUUAAGUAAAAAAAUUAAAGUUGAAAAC